CGCUGACUUUGAAAGCAAACUCAAAUUCAACGAAAAAGCCACUACGCGUACGAAGCAGUUGGCGGUGUUGGUCAAGACUAGCACGGUUGCAGUUUGUGUGACGACGCUCACCGGAUACUUUGGAAUUCGCGACGAUGGAGAUGCUUCCAAGCGAUGGGGAAUCGGAUGAGGGUCAGGAAGUUGCAAGCGGUCACACUUCCGACCUGGAAUCCCAUUUGAGCCGGGAGACAUCGGAUGAAUCGACAAGCCCUGACUAUUCCGAUACGGCAUACAAGCGAUCCCGGUCCCAGUCCAGUGCGUCCGAAGACACCGACUAUUCGAUCCAAAGUUACCAUUCUGAAUGCGCACUGAACUAUAUGAAAGUAUCCGAUAAGCCCGGAGAAAGGAAGCGAAGUCGAGUGGGCCCUGAGUAUCAGGCGGACAUUCCGGCGUUUAUACCGCCCAGCGAGCGCUUGCCGGCACCACGGCAGGACGCUGAAUCGGACAUCUUUUGGCUCCCGGCGGAGGAUAUACCGGAAGAGUUGCUGCAACAUUACUUAAACUAUGCAAAGGAAAAUCAUGACUACAGCGAGGAGCAUGCGCUGGUGAUGCUGCACCAUCACAAAAAUGAUCUGAAGCGGGCAUGCCAGGAUAUGACCAAUUUUGUACUCAUUCCGGACGAAUGGACCGACGAAGAACGGACACUGUUUAUGAAAGCGUAUUACUUGUACGGCACGGACUUUCACUACUACAAAUGGCUACUUCCUUGGAUACCUGUUCGUAGGCUGGUGAAGUACUAUUACAUGUCAUUUAAAUUUAAUGACCAUGCAGAAAUCGUGUCACUGGCUCAAGCAAUCAACCACGCUCGAUCAGUCAACAAUCAAGCUCAACGAUACAACAAUCAAGCAGCAGCAAGCAACAAUCAAGCACGGGAAGGAGACAACGGUUCGGGAAGGAUCGCCACUAUCAACCAAGGAUUAGAGCUGUCGGACAGGCCUUCGACGAGCCGUGCGGAAAUGAACGGUGGAGGAAUGGCACCAGGUGUCACGAUCGACUACAGCGCAUACCACCAUGAGGACAGCGAUAGCGACUAGAAGGCAUCGGCUGUGCGAGUUGACGUCGUUCGCUGUCGUUCAUCCUGAAAUGCUAUUAGACUAGCAGUGACAAUAUUCAUUUAAUUCAUUCUUCCAAUAACAUUCUUUUCAAAAUCAUGCCACAUGUGUGCUGUACACGGCGCACGGACAUGGUUUAAUAUUUUAUUACUGUUUGCCCAUCUUUUGCAUAAAGAGGUAAUAAAUUGCUCUGUUA